UGUUUUUGUUGCCGCAAAGUUUCAUUGCUUGUGUUUGUCCCACAGGUGAAGUGUCGUAUAUUGCUAGGAAGACGCUCAUGUGGUGUCCCUUUUUGUUUCGGUUAGAAACUACUGAAAAACGUAAAUAUCAGAGGAAGUAUGAAAGUAAUGCUGCAGCAUUUGGUUUUAAGGGGGAGAAUAGCUUUUUGUCCAUACAGUAAUGUUUUGAGAUGUAACAGAUUUUUUUCGGAAGCGAAGAAAAAUACUACUGUCCAUUCCGUCAUUGGACAGACAAAUUUUCAAAAUUAUGCAAUUUUUUCCCGCAACUUACGUCUGUUGUGUCGGCCACCGGAAAAAAUUAAAGACAUACUUAUGCGAUCUGAAUCCACGAAAUCCAUGCACGAUCCCCAAGGCAUUCACGAAAGUUUCUCAGCGCUGCAAACGAAGAAAUUGGUCCCGCGUAAGAAGCGAACAGCUGUCGAGGAAAAAGGUGUCAGCAAGCCAGGGUUUUGGAAUGUUGUUGCAUAUGCUACAGCUGAGGAGUAUGAGUUGGAGAAGCUCAGGGAGGGAUUAAUUCAGCAAGAUCUCUAUGAAGUGCGACCAUUAGGGGAUGGUACAGAUACUAAUCAGGCAGAGCCUGAUGUACUCCAAGUUACUGCUCGAUACACAGUUGGCAGCGAACCAAGAGAUAUAUUUUUCUUUCGUGAAGGCACAACUGUAUUCUGGAAUGUUUCAGAAUUAGAGUGCACAAAUGUUUUGUCAUUUGUGAAGCCAUAUGAAGAGAACAGUUAUGAUGAAAGAUUAGUUAAUCAGGAAAGUGAACUGAUGGAAUACACUUACAUUGAUGUAGGCCACAGCAGACUAAGUAACGGGAAUCUGUGUCUGACAUCCAAAGAAACAACAUAUCUGGAUAAAUAUACUUUCUCCAAUGCAAUGGCUUUGUCUGUAAAAUUAGGGAUAUGGGAAGCUUCACUGUCCCGUUAUGUAGACACAAUUGAAUUUGUAACUGAGGACAUGAAACAAGGCAGAAAAAUACGAAUGUCACGGAAGGAAGUUCUGAGAAAGACAGGAGAGCUUUUUGCACUUCGCCAUCUCAUUAACCUGAGCUCUGAUUUACUUGACACUCCUGACUUUUAUUGGGACCGCGAAACACAGGAGGCACUCUACCAGCAGAUGUGUUCAUAUUUCAGUAUCAGCAGGCGAACCAGGGUUAUGAAUGAAAAGCUGAAUCAUUGUUUUGAGCUGGUUGAACUACUGUCUUCCCAUCUGAAUGACCAGCACCACACUCGCCUCGAAUGGAUGAUAAUAGCUUUAAUCAUGAUUGAAGUAAUUUUUGAGAUUUUACAUUAUAUUGAGAAGUUAUCUUAGUUUCUUCUUCUUUUUAAAACUUGUACAGAAUUUUCUGAAAAAAAAACUGUAAACUCUGAAUAAUGUCUAUCCUCGAGAGGACCACCGAAGAAAUUAUGCUUCUGUCAAAUAACUGACAUUUUAUAUUUUUUUAAUGAUACGCUUAUAGAAAUGCAUUUUGUGUUAACCUUAUUUGUUUCUUAUAAUAGAAACACAUAAAAUAGAUGGAUGGAUAUAAGUGUUCUGUGCUGUUUAAAUGUGUGGCGUUGAAGUGGUGUAUUAUGACAAUGUGCCAAAAUA